UUUAAUAAUUGUGACGAUUUGUGAUUUUAUUAAAUCACUUUGGGCUCAGCAGAGGUUACUAGCGUGUCUCUCUGAGAGGAUAUUGGCGUCGUCUCUCUCAGAGUUACUGGAUACUGCCGUCGUCCCUCUUAGCAUUUGAAUCUGUGAAGGAAUUUGUGAACGAGUCGACUGCAUAUCAAUUUCAGGACUCUUUGUGUGGACUUUGCAGGUUAUAUACUUAAUGGAUAAAAGUUGGAUAAAUAUAUUGAAUAGGCUUGAUCCUUUAUAUGAGAAUGGAGCCAAAGAGUUUCUUCAUUUUGCAUCAUUAGAUAGGCCAGAUGCAUCUGCAAUAUUGUAUCCAUGUCGAAAGUGUCGUAAUAUGAAAUUUGUUCGAAAAGAUUUGAUUGUUGAACAUAUUAUGGUUGAUGGAUUUCUAACUAGUUACACUAGUUGGAUAUAUCAUGGUGAGGAGCUAUUUUCAUCAAAAUUGGUCAAUCAGUUAGAUAAAGGUGAUGAGAUGCAAGACAUGUUACAUGAAGCAUUUGGAAUUCCUCCUACAUCUAAUUUUGUUGAUAUGGACACUAGUGCUGAAGGAUUUGAUGGGUCAAAUCAACAUAACAUGGGUUUUGAUAAGAAGAAUGAAGAAUUCUUUCGCUUACUGAAAGAAGCUGAACGUGAGUUAUAUCCUGGAAGCAAGUAUUCACUACUUGCGUUCCUUGUUCAUCUAUUACACUUAAAGUGUCUCAAUGGAUGGAGUAACACAUCAUUUUCCAUGCUAUUAGAGUUGUUAAAAGAUGUUCUUCCAGAAGGUGAAACAUUGUCCCAGUCCUUCUAUGAUUCAAAGAAGAUUAUUAAAGAUUUAGGACUUGAAUAUAAAAAGAUACAUGCAUGUCCAAAUGAUUGUAUGAUUUAUUGGAAUGAGACGAAAGAUAGAACGUCUAGUAAGUUUUGCAAAGCUCCAAGAUACAAACAGUUCAAAGGUGCAUCAACUAAUUCCAUUUCAGAAACAUCAAAAAUUCCAUUAAAGGUGUUUAGAUAUUUUCCAUUAAUACCACGACUUCAAAGACUAUUUAUGUUAGCUAAAACAUCUACUCAAAUGAGAUGGCAUGCUGAAGGCCGCACUAGAGAUAGGGUAAUGCGAUAUCUUGCAGACAAUAUUGCUUGGAGGAAAUUUGAUGAAGCGCAUACAAUUUUUUCUUGAGUUCCUCGAAAUGUUAGACUUGGAUUGGAUUCAGAUGGCUUUAGUCCAUAUAAGUCUAUGUCUAUCUCACAUAGCACAUGGCCUGUUAUCUUGAUUCCAUAUAAUUUGCCAUCAUGGUUGUGCAUGAAACAACCAUAUAUGAUAUUAUCAACUAUUAUUGAUGGUCUUCGUGCACCAGGUAAGGAUAUUGAUGUCUAUCUACAACCCUUAGUUGAUGAGUUACAAGAAUUGUGGGUUGGUGUUGCCACUUAUGAUGCAUCAAACAAUCACAUGUUUCAAAUGCGUGCAGCAUUGCUUUGGGCAAUUAGUGAUUUUCCAGCGUUAGGUAACUUAUCAGGAUAUGGUGUGAAAACUAGAUAUGCUUGUGCAUGUUGUCUUUCCAAAACUAAAUCUACAAGAUUGAAAAAUGGGCGAAAAUAUUGUUUCAUGUCUCAUAGGCGAUGGUUAUCUGAUGGACACAAGUUUUGAAAAGAUAAAGUUGCAUUCAAUGGCCUUGUGGAGUUAGAUGGAGCACCUAAAUGGUUGACGGGAAUUGAGAUUCUUAAGCAAUUUAAUAAUAUUAAAAAUAAAUUUGGUAAAGAUCUAAUGGCCAAAUCUCGUAAAAGGAAAUGGGAUGAUGUUGAUAAUUUGGUGCAAAAUAUAUGGAACAAAACGAGCAUAUUUUUGAGUUGGAAUAUUGGAAAGACAAUAUGAUUCGUCAUAAUCUUGAUACGAUGCAUAUUGAAAAGAAUGUCUUUGACAAUAUGUUAUGGACAUUAUUGAAUGUUGAUGGAAAAGGAAAGGAUAAUUUAAAUUCCCGUUUAGAUUUACAAGAGAUGGGUAUCCGUAAAGCUUUGCAUCCUAAGAAAAAGGCUAAUGGAAAAUAUUAUCUUCCUCCUGCAUGUUUCACAUUGAGUAGCACACAAAAAUACAUCUAUUACAAGUGUUAAAAGAUGUGAAAGUGCCAGACGGAUAUGCUUCAAAUAUCUCAAGUUGUGUUGAUCUCAAGCAACGCACAAUGCAUGGGUUGAAGAGUCAUGACUGCCAUAUUUUAAUGCAACAACUCCUUCCUAUUGCCUUGCGGAAUCUCCUACCAGUGAAUGUACUUAAGCCAUUGAUUGAAUUAAGUAAUUUCUUUAAGGGCAUUUGUUCAAAAGAUCUGAAGAUAUAUGACUUAGAAAAACUCCAAGAUCGAGUUGCAUUAACUCUAUGUCAUUUGGAGAGAAUAUUUCCUCCAUCUUUCUUUGAUUUCAUGGAACAUCUACUUAUCCAUUUAGCUGAAGAAGCAAUGUUGGGAGGACCUUCACAAUAUCGCUUAAUGUGGUUUAUCGAACGGUAUCAUUUUGUUAUUUUUUUUAUCAUACUUACAAGAAAUUGUAUUUGUAUUCUUAAAAUUGUCUAUUUUAGGUUCUUGCUUUGUCUUAAAAAACUAGAAUAAACGUUAUCCAGAAGGUGCGAUUGAAGUGGGACGUUGUAUAGAUGAGUUAAUGACGUUUUGCUCAUGGUAUUUAGAUGACGUCGAGACUAUGUCUAAUCCACCUAUAGGAAAUGAUGUUUUAUCUAAUGAAACAACAGACCAAGAGGGUCUUCGAUCAAGUAGAGAGAAAUGAUUUAAGCUUGAUGACAUUACACGUGCUCAAGCCCACAUAUAUGUUUUAUUUAAUUCUACCUCCAUAACUUCAUAUCGCGAUGAACAUAUAAAAGAAAUCAAGAAGGAAAAUCCUCGUCUAUCAAGACAUAAUGUGGAUCGAAUUCAUAAUGAAAGAUUUCAACUAUGGUUUAGAAAUCAUGUAAGUUUCAACUAGCUAAAAUAUUGGCCCAUAUAUUACUAUAUAAGUAUUUAUAACUUUUAGAUCACAUCUUUAUUUUUGAAUGCUAGGUCGACAAGAUGCAUAUGGCUGGUGAAAAUAUAUGUGAGGAUAUUCAAACUUUAGCUAUUGGCCCAUUAAUACAAGCAAAAAGAAUGACUGGCUAUAUAUGUGAUGGAGUUAGAUAAUUAACAGAGUCUCGUGAUGUUAAGAGAAAAACUCAAAAUAGUGGUAUCAUGUUAAAGGCUAUCACUCAAAGCUAUGCAAGCACAAAGGAUAAAAAUCCCAUAUUGGCAGAGGUUUCUUUUUAAGGAAUCCUCACAGACAUAAUUGAGUUAUAUUAUUCCAAGAAUCUCAAGUUUGUAUUGUUUAAAUGUAAAUGGGUAAACAAUAACAAGGGGCAUAUUGAGAAAGAUGAUUAUGGAUUUACUCUUGUGAAUUUUAAUCAUCUACUCUAUACAAGACAUCAGUUAUCAGAUGAACCAUUCGUCUUUGCUUCUCAAGCUUAACAAGUGUUUUAUGUCGAUCAUCCUAUGGAAAAGGAGUGGCGAAUGGUUGUUAAACUUAAGCCAAGAGGUUUUUAUGAUUUAGGUGAUGACACACCAACAAUUGAGCAUAAGGAAGGACAUAUGGAGUUGUGGCCUGAA